UCCUUAGGCACCGACGUCUCCUAUUUGUCUCUCAGCCCCGACCAUCAAUGAUGCCAUAGACGUGUUUUCACAGCGAGCCGUGAGUGUCAGAACAGAGCUGUCAAUCAAAGAGGCCCGGCUCCUAUAAAUAUCAUCAGGCUGACCCCAGCCCCGGUCAUCAGUCCCCUCACAUCUGGGCAGGAACCCACAGGAAUACAGCUGCCAUGGAACCGUUCCAGCUCCUCACAGCCCUGGCUCUAGUACCGUGUCUGCUCGUCCACUCCGCUCAGCCGUGGUACGUGCUGGAAUUAUGGUUUAUACUCGGAGGAAAACUAAACAGAAUUCCAUUUAACUGCCUGACCGUUUGACCUCCUUUUGACCUUUUAUAUCUCCAUGUCUCUUUUUCAGGACGGUGAAUAAUUUCCUCAUGACUGGACCAAAGGUAAACACCUCGUCAUAUACCUGCAUCAGUUUAUGUAUUUGUAUCCUGUAUUUUAUUUGUAAACAUAUUGAUUAUAUAUUUUCCACCCAGACUAUUGUAAAUAUAUUCUUAUAUAUUUAUAUAAAGCACCUUUGACUCUGAUGUAAACGCUUUACAAACUAAAAUGAUUGGUUUUAUUAUAUAACCAUCAUGUUGUAUCUGUGUAAAACUUUUAACAGAGUAAACGACGGCCGUGGGUGUGUGUAUAUAAAACUGCAGUAUUUCUCAGUACACUUCCUAAUAUUACAGUACUUUCUCUCCGACCCUCAGGCCUUUCUCACCUACGCCAGCAGCGUACAAGUGGGCGCUCAGAGCGGGAUCCACGAGUGUAAGCACCAGUUCGCCCUGGAGAAGUGGAACUGUCCCGAGAGAACACUGCAGAUGUCCACGCACAACACUCUCCGCACUGCGACCAGAGAGACGUCGUUCGUCCACGCCAUCAGUGCGGCCGGGGUGAUGUACACACUCACCAAGAACUGCAGUAUGGGAGACUUUGACAACUGCGGCUGCGAUGACUCCAAAAUCGGACAAACCGGGGGCAGAGGCUGGAUCUGGGGGGGCUGCAGUGACAACGUGGCCUUUGGAGAGAAGAUCUCCAAACAGUUCGUGGACGCGCUGGAAGACGGACACGACUCACGAGCUGCGGUCAACCUGCACAACAACGAGGCAGGCAGACUGGCAGUAAAAAGUACCAUGAGGAGAGCGUGUAAAUGUCACGGAGUGUCCGGCAGCUGCAGCAUCCAGACCUGCUGGAUGCAGCUGGCGGACUUCAGAGAAGUUGGAAACUACCUGAAGAAGAAACACGAACAAGCGAAGAAGCUGGAGAUGGACAAGAAGCCGGCCAGGAGCGGGAACAGCGCCGACAACAGGGGGGCCAUCGCUCACGGGUUUCGAGGAAUCCCCAGGACGGAGCUCAUUUUCCUGGAGGAUUCCCCGGAUUACUGCGUCAAGAACCACAGCAUGGGGUUCCAGGGCACCGAGGGCCGGGAGUGUUUGAAGGGAAACAAGAACAUGUCCCAGUGGGAGAGGAAGAGCUGCCGCAGACUGUGCUACGAGUGCGGCCUGAGAGUGGUGGAGAAGCGCAUCGAGGUGGUGAGCAGCUGUAACUGCAAGUUCCACUGGUGCUGCACGGUCAGGUGUGACAAAUGCACGCAGGUCGUCACCAAGUAUUACUGCGCAGGUAAAGACGGCGGCAGGAAACCGCACAACAAGACCAAGCGCAGGCACCGCGGCCGUCGGCAAUGAGCUGCCGUAAAAGACUACGAACAAAACAAAAACAUUUUUCGUCAGUGACAACACUGUACGGUAGAG